GUCCAGUCUGGUGCAGCGCCUUUUACAUACCGUGUACGGUGCAGCCAGUUAUAAUGUCUAAGUUCAAAACGGUAAAGUGGCCCAAAGUGAUCUUAUUUGGGGACUCCAUCACACAGUUUUCAUUUCAAGCCAAUGGUUGGGGGGCAGAAAUUGCCAACAAACUAGCAAGAAAGGGUGAUGUUGUAAACAGAGGACUGUCUGGCUACAACUCCAGAUGGGCUAAACUACUUCUUCCUCGCCUCAUCAGCACAAACUCAGCAGACAACAACAUAGCUGCUGUCACUGUCUUCUUUGGAGCCAACGACUGUGCACUGGAAGAUAAAAAUCCACAACAGCACAUCCCUCUGAAGGAGUAUUCAGAGAACCUGAGGGAAAUCAACAGGCUUCUGGCUUCAGCUGGAGUGCCAGCAGACAGAGUUAUAUUCAUCACCCCUCCACCUGUCGAUGAGCCGGCCUGGGAGAAGGAGUGCAUUCUGAAAGGAUGUCCACUCAAUCGCCACAACUCUGCAGCGGGGCAGUAUGCUCAGGCGUGUGUCCAGGUUGCCAGUCAGUGUGGUGCGGUUGUCCUGGACCUCUGGACACUCAUGCAGAAAGAUGGACAGGACUACAGAGUCUAUCUGUCAGAUGGGCUGCAUCUCUCACAGAAGGGAAACCAGUUUGUAGCCCAGCACCUGUGGGAGCUGCUGGAGAGUCGUUUGGCUGACCUGCCCUUCAUCCUGCCUUAUUGGGGAGAUGUGGAUGCAAAGAGCCCCGAGAGCAGUCUACUCUGUGACCAGUGAAGAAGAGGACGUUGGCUUUGAGAGACAUCUUCAAAUCCUAAAGGGCUGGAUCUUCUGUAGAGAAUAAAGCACGCACCAGCACUCUUGUGGCAUUUGUUGGAAAUGUCCAGGCAUUGAACACUGAACUGCAUCUCUGCUACAAAACAAUGAAGUAGCUGUGAUUUGUUUUGAACGGUAUGUCACAUGUGGGACCAUGUAUUCAUGUUUAAAAUGCACAAUAAAGAUUUUUAUUUUGA